ACAGUUUUAGAAGAAUCGUCAGAGACACAGAGGGUGUGAGAGGAAACACUUAUUCUGUUUAAAGUGUUUUUAGAGUUGAAGGAUGUUUUAGAGACUUAUUGUUGCUCCAAAUGUAGAAAUACACGCAGAUGGUUCAUGGGAUAUAAACUAAUGACUUAUUUUAUUAAAGUUUCUCUGAAAGAAGUCAUGGACAAGAAAAUAUUUCUUCUGCUUUGGACAAGUCUGAUUUUCUCUGGGAGAAGCAUCAGUUCUUCUGCAGGAGCCUCAGUUCUGGGAGAACCAUUCUGUUCUAAUGAAUUCUGCAUCACUGUCAGUAAUGAUGAAAUCACAGCAGAACCAGGACUUUGUGUUGUGAUACCGUGUUCUUUCACGACUCCUUCUUACUUCAAACCUCAACAUUUAAUUUGGUUUAAAUGUGAAUCCAACAAAAUAUGCUUUCACUCUGAAAAAAUCUUCCACACCAACAAAAACACCCCCCCCUAUAAAUCAGAAUUUAUGGGAAGAGUGUCACUCCUGGAUCCUGAUGUGAAUCAUCAGAACUGUAGCAUCAGAAUCAGUGAUCUGAGAGAGUCUGAUUCUGGAUUCUAUCAGCUCAGAGUAAAUGGAUAUAGUGAUAGGGCCUCGGAUGGAUUUACAUUUAAUAAGAGAACGUCUGUCAAUGUUGGAGGUUUCAGGCAGAAACCUACAAUGACUCUUCCUGAUUUGACAGAGGGACAUCAGACCACCCUGACCUGCUCUGCUCCUGCACUCUGCUCUACGUCUCCUCCUGGAAUCAGCUGGAUGUGGAGAGGAGCAGCAGAAAAAGACCCUCUCAUCAACGGAAGCAUCACUGCCUUCAAGAAUGAGACUUUGACUGCUGUCACACAGAGACACAACUCAACUCUGACCUUCAUUCCCACAGCUGAACUCCACAACUCCAACAUCACCUGCAGGAUCCGCUUUAGUGAUAACACCACCACCGAGGAGACAGUCAAUCUGCACGUCAACUUCAAACAGAAAAGCAUGGUUGCUCUUUUGAUCAGAGUUUCAACAUUAGUUAUAUUAUCCUGUUUGAUCAUCUCCAUCUUUUGGAAAAAAAUGAAGAGGACUGAUAAUUUGCAAGAUGCUUUAGAAAUGGUGGCCUGUCAGGACGACCCCCUGAUCCGUGAUCGUCUUGCGGAAGCUGACUAUCAAAACUGCCUCACAGAGGGAGCUGAGAAUGGAAGUGAG